AUGGGGGAUCGUGGCGGCUACGCGGACGAUACCCUAAUUUUAGCCUCGGGUUCUGACCCCCGGGAAUGCAUCCAGCGUACGACUUGCGGCGUCCAGGUGGUUGUAGGUCGCAUCCGGAUGCUCGGCUUGGACGUGGCUCUGGGGAAAACCGAAGCUCUGAUGUUGCACGGCCCCCGGAGCCAACCCCAGAUGGACACGUGCCUGACAGUGGAGGACGCAAGGAUCCCACUGUCGGGCACGAUGAAGUAUCUCGGCCUGGUCCUCGACGGACGGAUGAGCUUCCGGGAGCAUUUUAAGCGGCUGGCACCAAGGCUCCAAGUCGCCGCAGCCGCUCUCGGAAGGCUCCUGCCGAACGUUGGGGGCCCAGACGUUGGGUGUCGCCGGCUUUACGCAGGGGUCAUUAGGUCGAUGGCCCUGUACGGCGCACCCAUAUGGUGCGGUAGUUUAACGCCUAAGAACAGGGCGGUUCUGCUUGGUGCACAGCGGGUGGUUACCAACAGGAUCGUCCGGGCCUACCGCACCGUCGGACGUGAGGCAUCGUGCGCCUUGGCGGGAAUCCCGCCCUGGGAUUUGGAUACGAGUGUGCUAGCGGACCUAUACACCCGCUGCACUGCGCUCCGGUCUCGGGGCAUCGAACCCUCGCCGGGGCAGCGUGAGACCUGGCGCAGACAAGCCCGCCUCGUCGCAUUCCGAAAUUGGGAACUAAGGCUCGCCAAUCCGACGGCGGGGCGGGCUACGGUGGAGGCAAUCCGCCCACAUCUCCAACAGUGGGUGGAGAGGCGGUACGGUGUUUUGACGUACCGCCUCACGCAGAUGCUGACCGGACACGGUGCCUUCGGGCACUACCUGUUUUGGGUGGCCCGAAGGGAGGUCACCACAGUGUGUCAUCAGUGCGGUGACGCGGAUGACACCGCACUUCACACACUGGCCGCGUGUCCGGUCUUUGCGGAGCCUCGCGCCGAACUUGUGUCUGCGCUGGGUGGAGUGGACGUCGCCGAGUUGUCGGCUGUCAUCGCUGCAGCGAUCGGCAGUCAAAAUAACCAGUUACCUUCAUCACAGCGCUUCGUGCUUAGUUCUAUAUCUAUCUCCAUAUAA